CUGUAAUACGAGAGAAAUAUUUUUUGGAUAGUUGCGGGAUGCGAGUAACUCGUCAACAUGAACAAUACUCAGUCGAGUGUCUCGGUGGAGUGCCAUGGACUUGGAGUCUUGGACUGCGGCUUAGGGAAAGAAAAAAAGAAAGAAAUCAUGGCAAGCUCUGAGUGCUGCUCAAACCCACCAGCCCUGAACCCGUCCAGCGGCUCCGGCCACGUCGAAAAGCUCGGCGGUUUCGAUUCCUAUGUCACUGGCUCCCCUGACUCCAGGCUUUCAGUUCUUCUCGUCCAUGACGCUUUUGGGUAUGAAGCUCCAAAGGCUAGGAAGCUUGCAGACAAAAUUGCAGCUGCUGGGUUCAUUGUUGUGCUCCCAGACUUCUUCAACGGAGACCCUUUUAAUGGGGACCAUGCCUCUAUACCCGUUUGGAGAAAAACUCAUGCACCGGAAAAAACAAUCGAAGAUGCAAAACUGGUCAUUGAAGCUUUAAGAAGUAAAGGUGUUUCUGCAAUUGGUGCUGCAGGCUUCUGUUGGGGCACCAAGGGUGUCAUUGAUCUUGCGAAGCAUGACUUUAUCCAAGCCGCUGUUCUGUGUCAUCCUUCAUCUGUCACUCUGGAUGAUAUCAAGGCUGUUAAGGUUCCGAUUUCUGUACUUGGAGCUGAGAUUGAUCAGAUGUAUCCACCCGAAGUCAUCAAACAAUUUGAAGAGGUUUUAACUGCAAAACCUGAGAUUAAAAGCCAUGUGAAGAUAUUCCCGAAGGUGGCACACGGGUGGACGUUGAGGUACGACGAUGAAGACGAGGCGGCUGUCAAGGCGGCUGGGGAGGCUCAUCAAGAUUUGUUGGGGUGGUUCUUGGAGCAUGUCAAGUGACUGGAACCAUCAAUGCUGAAGUGUUUUAUCGUCACUUGGGAAGACGCAGUUAGUUUGGAGUACCUUAAAUCCUCUUAUCAAUUGCUUUUUAUCUCUAAGCGGUGGAUUGUCCUAGUGACUGGAGCAUUCUCUUUUAACCCACUACUUCCCGUGUUCAAACACUCAUCUCAACCCAUAUACUUAAGUCAAUAAUUCAGCUUUGGCGAGUGAUGGAUUGCAGUCUUUAUUUAUGUUCAACCCACUAUAUCGCAAUUUAAAAUUCUCUUAUUUCUUUUUUAGUACAAUUUAGAGAAGUAAUAUUAUUUAUAAGGCUUAAUUGUAGCAAUGAUUUCUAAACUACCUCUAGUUAAAUUUUAA